GUUACUGGUUAGAGAAAAGUUAGAAAACGUGGCUGAAAAAUGGCAGAUGGUACAGCUCGUGUUAAAGGAGGUUUCUCCUUUGAAUUGUGUAAAAGAAAUGAGAUGCUAAAGAAAGCAGGAAUGAAGUUUCCUCAACCCAAGAAAACUGGUACAACUAUUGCUGGUAUCGUGUUUAAAGAUGGCGUCAUUCUGGGAGCAGACACACGUGCUACUGAGGGAACUGUCAUUGCUGAUAAGAAUUGUGCUAAAAUUCAUUACAUUUCAAAGAAUAUUUACUGCUGUGGUGCUGGUACAGCUGCUGAUACAGAAUACACGACUGAAACCAUAUCGUCCGACAUAGAGCUACACAGACUAUCCACCGGACGCAAACCCAGGGUUGCUACUGCCUGCAGAUUAUUAAAACAAUAUUUAUAUCGUUAUCAAGGUCACAUUGGUGCUUACCUAGUGUUAGGGGGCGUGGACACAACUGGACCACACCUCUUUACAGUACAUGCACAUGGCAGUACUGAUAAACUACCCUACGUUACUAUGGGAUCUGGUUCUUUAGCAGCAAUGGCUGUAUUUGAGUCUCACUAUACUCCUAAUAUGGGGGUUGAAGAAGGGAAGAAACUUGUCCGCGAUGCAAUUGCUGGUGGUAUUUUUAAUGAUCUGGGUUCUGGUAGCAAUGUUGAUUUAUGUGUUAUCACUGCUGAUGGUGUGGACUAUAUCAGACCUUAUGAUGUUGCUAAUGUUAAGGGAGAAAGGGUUGGUGAUUACACAUAUAAGAGGGGUACAACAGCUGUGCUAGAUACUACUGUGAGGCACUUUGAGAUCGUUAGCGAGAGAGUCCAGUCGACUGAAUCAAUGGAGACAUGAACUGUUAUACUCCCUUAUUUUAUAACUGUCAGACUACUAGUUAUUAGUUUAUUACAAUCAAUAAAUUGAUUUUUAAUAACUA